AUGUCACCAGUCAACCAGACAUCUCAUAAUCACCAGACCUUCACCCUGACUGGGCUACCAGGAAUGCCAGAAAGAGACUUCUUAAUGGCCUUGCCCCUCUUUCUUCUUUAUGGUACCACAUUACUUGGCAAUCUCAUUAUCCUGGUCAUCAUCAAAAUUGAGGAAAGUCUUCAUGAGCCCAUGUAUUAUUUUCUAGCCAUGCUAGCUGCCACUGACCUCAGUCUUUCACUGUCUUCCAUGCCCACCAUGAUCAGUGUUCACUGGUUCAACUGGCGCUCAAUAACUUUUGAUGCUUGCAUCACUCAGAUGUUCUUCAUCCAUACCUUUGGGGGAGUUGAAUCGGGUGUUCUGGUGGCUAUGGCCUUUGAUCGUUUUGUAGCUAUUCGCUUCCCUUUGCGCUAUGCUACUAUUCUCACACAUGAUGUUAUCGGUAAGAUUGGAGCAGUGGUCCUGCUUCGAAGUGUGAGCGCUGUGCUCCCUGUGCCUUUUCUCAUCAAAAGACUACCUUUCUGCCACUCCAAUGUCCUCUCCCAUGCAUACUGCCUCCAUCAGGAUGCUAUGAGGCUUGCCUGUGCUGACACCCGCAUCAACAGCAUCUAUGGCCUGUUGGCUGUUAUCUUCAUCAUUGUAUUAGAUGCCUUAAUCCUUUUGAUAUCUUACAUUCUAAUCCUCCAAGCUGUAUUGGGGAUUGCUUCCCGGGAAGAGAAACUCAAAGCUCUCAACACCUGCCUCUCUCAUAUCUGUGCAGUGUUGCUGUUCUAUGUGCCUCUCAUAGGCAUGACUCUGAUUCACCGCUUUGGGAAACAUUUAUCUCCAGUUGUGCACUCACUUAUGGCCAAUGUCUACUUGCUAUUGCCUCCUGUUCUUAAUCCAAUUGUGUAUAGUGUUAGGACUAAGCAGAUUCGAAAGAGAAUUGUCCGAAUGUUCUGUCGGGGUAAGAUUGGUCCUUAG